GUCGGGCUGGUUGGCUGGAGAGGCAAAGAGCGGGCUAGAGGAUGGGAAGGGGGCUGCCAGCAGCCUGUGGCAUGGGCUAACUCCAGAGGGCUCAAGACUUUGCAGCAGCUCUUUCUGGCCUGCCUGCUUUGAGCUGUUCACCAUGCCUCUCGGGAAAGGCUGGAAGAAAACAGUGGAAGACAUUGCCAGUGUCUAUGACAUCAAAGAGAAGCUGGGCGCCCCUAGGAGAUCAGGCUUGCAAAGGAAAAUGAAUCAGCCAGCCCUGAAGAAUUUAGGGGCCUUUUCAGAAGUGGUCUUGGCCCAGGAACAUGGAUCUCAGCGCCUUGUAGCCCUCAAAUGUAUUCCUAAAAAAGCCCUGCGAGGUAAAGAAGCAGCUGUGGAGAAUGAAAUUGCUGUGCUCAAAAAGAUUCAACAUGAGAACAUUGUGGCUCUGGAAGAUAUUUAUGAGAGCCCCACUCAUUUGUACCUGGCCAUGCAGCUGGUGACAGGCGGAGAGCUCUUCGACCGCAUCAUUGAACGAGGCUACUACACAGAGAAGGAUGCCAGCCAGCUCAUCCGGCAGGUGCUGGAGGCUGUGAACUACCUACACGAUCUGGGAAUUGUUCAUCGGGAUCUCAAACCUGAAAAUCUCUUAUAUGCCACACCAUUUGAGGAUGCCAAGAUUAUGAUUACAGACUUUGGGCUGUCUAAAAUUGAGGCUGAUGGCAUCAUGUCUACAGCUUGUGGAACCCCUGGCUAUGUUGCCCCUGAGAUCCUGGAGCAGAAGCCCUACGGAAAAGCUGUGGACUCCUGGGCACUUGGUGUCAUCUCCUACAUCUUACUUUGUGGCUACCCUCCUUUCUAUGACGAGAACGACUCCGAACUUUUCAACCAGAUCCUGAAAGCUGAGUAUGAGUUUGACUCUCCAUACUGGGAUGAUAUCUCUGAGUCAGCCAAAGAUUUCAUCCGACAUCUUCUAGAACGGGACCCUGAGAAACGAUUCACUUGUGAACAAGCUCUGCAACAUCCUUGGAUCUCUGGGGAUACAGCUCUCGAGAAGGAUAUUCAUGGAUCUGUGUGUGAGCAGAUUCAGAAGAACUUUGCUCGCAGUCAGUGGAAGCGAGCAAUCAAUGCCACGUCCUUUUUGCGCCAUAUCACCAAGUUGGGACCAGGUGCAGAGGGUGAAGAAAUCGGAGAGGCAACAUCUGGAGGACAGCGUGGAAAAUGGUGACCCCCAGAGGUGCUUCGAAAGCCUGGGCCACUGCCUUUGCAUGAGCUACCCUCCUGCAUGCGGCUUCACAGCCACAACGCUGCGCCAGCACCCUCCCCCAAGUGUGGGGUAUCCUUUCAUUUUGUGCUCCCCUCCAUCUGGGGAUCUCUCUGCCCUGAGGGGCUCAGGAGUUCAGACAAGCCAAGAACAUCCCUGUCCAGCCUGCUUUGAGCGGGCUCAAAUGCACCCUGCCUGGGGCCAGAGAUCGUCCCCUUGAAGCUGGAGGAGCCUUUGCAAUCUUGCUGCGUUACUCACCUCACUUCCAUCCAUGUCAGCCGCCGAGGCCAGCAACCUACUGGAGGAUCGGGGAGGAUGUGGUGGCAGGGAAGUAAACUCUCGGCCAUUCUUUGCCAGCUGUCGGGGUAAUUUCAAAAUUGCUUUGAGAAGCUCUUUCUCCUCCUCUCCUGAAGAGUCCUAGAAGGAUAGCUGCCCCAGAGGGAAAUGCUGGUGGCACUGAAGGAGUCCAGUGAAAGAUGACAACUCUGUUGGAAUAGAAGAAACAGGAAUAGUAAGGGAGCUGGGAGCUGCACAGCAGAGCUGAGAGCUGGUCUUGAGACGUCUUGAAUCUGAGCUAUCUAGCCUAAGCUGAAUCAGGAUCAAAAUGAAAUUGGAUAGAUGUUUUGGGAGCCCUAGAAGGGUAUGGCUGGGUGUUGCCAAACUCCUCAAAGGAUAUAACUUCCUUCUGGUCUUAGAGCAAUGUUGCCUCCAUUUAAAAUAAGUGAGUGAGAUUUUGGGUAGAUAAGACCAGUGCUGAAUAUAUGCAACAUUAAAAAUGAGCUGCUUGUUUAAGAAGAGCCUGUGUGAUGCCCAAGAUAUGGAUCAAGGCAGUGGGCUGACGCAUCUCCUUGGCUUAAGAAGCAACCGGCCGAUCCAAUAUUUGACUUGCUGCUGCUUUGUAGGUAAUGCAAAAUGAAGCUUGGUCCACUUGUACCUGCUCUUGGAAUCUUUACAUCUGGGUUUGGUUGGGUUUUUAUUUUAUAUCUUAAUUGCUAGUCUGAGUAAGACAAGAUCUUGUCAGGAUUUGAUGGAAACAGAGAGCCAGUGGGGUCCCGUCAGAAGAAGAAAUGGACUUCUGGAGGAGUUUGAUGCUCCAAGCAAAAUAAAAUUAAAACUAUGACUAUAGUAUCCCUCUUCCUGUAAUAGAAGUGAACCAACAUCUGUAGGAUGGCUUUAGCAUCUAGGCUGCUUCCAGGCGUGAGUCUUCUUUUCCAUUAUAUCAUUGCUUUUUGGAUUUUGCAUUUUGUGGGACUGCAACGUGGAUCCAUGUGAUGUGUUUCCCUUUAGGGUUUCGUUGCAAAAAUCCCAUCUACAUUGGCAAGCAGAUUAGGAUAGGAUCUUCUCAGACUUCUACAUGCUGCCCCACCAAGCUGUCAUUCCCUCAGACACCCUGGUCAUUUUGAAAAUGCGUGUGCUGGUGUUUUGUACACCUGUGUGCUGUUUUUUAUUUAAGCCAGAAUUUCAAAAUACUACCGAGUUUUCAGUAACGUCCUCCUAGUAUAAUCUUGGGAUUUUUACAUUUGGUAACAAUGAAAGAGUUAAUUUGCAACAUUGAGAGAUCCACUAAGGAUAGAUGUAUAAACAAAUUUUCUCUAGACAGCAGUGAUCCUGAGGUCACCAGCUAGAAGGUUUGUGCACAUCUUUUCCCUCCCCCAAAUCAGUAUUUCAUAAGGGCAAAUAAGAGCAUUUAAAAAAGAAUGUGUUUGCAUAUUGGCUAUCCACUUACGUGCAUACGUAGGAAAACGUUUCUUUGACCUUGAAUGGGAAAGAGGAAAAGAUGGGCAGAGGUGAGAUAUAGAACAAAUUAUAAAAAAGCAAACAUGUGUUUUGAAAUUUUAGUUUAAUUAUUGUUUAAAAUGGCCACAGUGCUGGUAGAUAGGGGUGAGUGAACUGGGGCAUCCCCUCAGAACUUUUGAGAGUGAAGAACUACAGAAGAUUCUUUUACCUUGUAGAAUAGCAUUUCUGUUCUGUUUCUUGCUAAAUAGAUUAUCUGGUAAACAGAAAAAAAAAAAGAAUGAAAGAGGAAUAAAAUGUGUGUGGGGGGGUGUAUGUGUGUGCGCUAAUGAUUACAGGAUGAUGAAGAAAUCCAGAUGCCCUCCGAAAAUACUUUAGCAAACUAUUGCUAGCACAUGUUAAAAUAUCCAUCUGGCAUUCACUGCAAACCGAAUGAGACCUGCUCCUUGAAAUGGAGCCAUGGGUGCCCCCCCCAAACGAUGGAGUAGCCACAAGGCUUCCACACAAAGACAAAUGAUUGACAGGAAAAGGGGUAGCAAGGCCAGUAGCUGUGUUCCACCUUUUGUACCGCCUGUCUGUAGCUUGCCUGCUGGACCGGACAUCUGCUUUGCUGAGUUGCUCAGAGCUGGAGAUUUUUUUUAAUGAUUCUUGGUGGGAUAGGUGGGAAUUGUUUCCUUCAUGCUUCCCUCCCCUAUACAAAUGUGUCAAAUAAACUGGUGAAAA